UAUUGAGAUAAAAUGUGAAUUUGAGAUUCGAGGCUCGAGCUACUGAAUGUUGAUGGAUAGUGAAAAACUUUUAUUUAUCAUUAAAUAAAGACUUUCAGUAUGUAGGAUUGAUUUUAAUUGCUAUUGAAGAUCUAUAAUAUAAAAAAUGUCGCUCGAGCAAACAGCGUGUGAUGUUGUCAUUACAGAUCUCAAGGCGUUUGAGCGCCGGUUAACUGAAGUGAUAGCUUGCCUGCAGCCGGCCACUAUGAGAUGGCGAAUUCUGCUCACGGUGGUGUCGGUGUGCACGGCUAUAGCGGCAUAUCACUGGCUGAUGGACCCCCUUACGUCUGUUGUCACUCUGACCCAAUCCCUGUGGAAUCAUCUAUUUUUCACCUUCACAUCUACAUUUUUAGUUCUAUUAUUCGUGACUGGAGUCCACAGAAAGGUUGUAGCUCCAAGCAUCAUAACUGCCCGGACUAGGUCCGUCCUCAAUGACUUCAACAUGUCCUGUGACGAUACCGGCAAACUGAUACUUAAGCCGCGCCCUGCCAACACUUAGAAAUGUACAUAUCAUAAGUUAUAGAUAAGAAUAAAGGUUGUUCACUGUU